AUGGCACACUCCAUUGAGAUUACCUCAGUAGAUAAUCAAAUUCCACUGCUUCUUCAAACUGAAAAUAAUAAGAUAGAAGAAAGGAGGAAAGUAGAUCAUAUAAUCGAGAUAAAGGAAACAAAUGGUCAUGAUCCAUUAGGGUCACAAACAAAGAAAUCUGUAAUUAAUCAAAUCUUUGAUGAAAUGUUUGAGGAUUUGAACAAUUUGUCAAUUACAUCGUGUACGAUAUUCAAAGUAAAUGUGAGUCUACGUGAAUCAAAUCCAGAUGCUUAUACACCAAAGAUGAUCUCUAUCGGUCCUUACCAUAAGAAAAAUCCUCAACUUCGUCCAAUGGAAAAGUACAAACUAUUAUACCUACAACGAUUUCUUCAACGAAAAGAGGGACUUGAUGUGGAAAGUUGCAUCAAUGAAUUGGAGACACUAAAGAAGGAAACAAUCAAGUGUUAUAAUGAUAUAGAAGAUCUCUGUGAUGAUAGUCAAUUUUUGCAAAUGUUGUUGCUUGAUGGUUGUUUUGUGGUUGAGUUUAUUCGAGAGAGUAGUACUCAAGGAGAAGACAACAUCAUCAAUAAUAUUGAUGGUUGCGCAUAUAGUCAAAUACUCCAAGACUUGAUGUUACUAGAAAAUCAACUUCCGUUCUUUAUCCUCAACAAGCUUCAUCACAUGACAAAGCAAGUUGAUGAAUUACCAUUGGCAAUACAAUUGAAUGAUAAUUCGUUUAUCUUUUAUAGUAACUUGCCAAAAAUGUUUCGUGCAUCCUACAGAGAGACAAUAUGUAAUGCAGAAAAUAUCAAACAUUUACUUCAUGCUGUACACAUAUUUUCAUGUCAUGGCCUGAAUCCCUUGAAAAACUCAAAAAAUGACAUAACGAAGCAUAAGGUCAUGCCAAAUGCAACAGAGCUUUCUGAAGCUGGAGUUAGCUUCGUUGAAGUUGGAUAUUUAUUGGGCGAAGUCAACCUUGAGGAUGACAUAAGUUUAUUUGAUAUAAAGUUCAACAAUGGAUUUAUGGCAAUCCCUUCUUUUCAAGUCGAUGAUGAUACAGAAACCAUCUUGCGAAAUCUCAUUGCUUAUGAGCAACAAUCGUGUGAUGUAGAACCAAAAUAUUUCAGUGAUUAUGCAACUUUUAUAGAUUAUCUUAUCGACUCAGAUAAAGAUGUGAAUUUGCUUCGCCAAAAAGGAAUCAUAGAGAGUUGGAUGGGAGAGAACAAGGACGUGGCUAGCCUCUUCAACAAAAUUGGAAGUGGGGUCGGUGUUGAUCCCGACAACUUCUAUUACCAUGAAGAAUGCAUAAAAGCAAUUGAAUAUAGUGAAAAACCAUGGAACAGAAUGAAGGCAAAUUUGAUGCACAAUUAUUUUAGUAGUCCUUGGGCAGGCGCUUCAACAGUGGGAGCCAUCAUACUCCUCCUACUCACAACUAUACAAACUAUUCUAGCUUUCACAUGUGCUUUGAAAUAA